AUGGAUUACGAGGAUUCCCAGGCAGCAACAGCAACGGAGCGAAUCCCGCUAUCCAGCUACCAGCGAGCACCAGGCUUGCAGCUUGAUGUGCACAAAUUCAGCAGCUUCGUGGGUUUUCUCGUUGCUCUGCUCUGCGGCUUCAUUUUCGCCAAAUAUAUGCAGGAAUUACACGAAGUGAAGCUGUGGUUUUCGCAUAUCAAGCAGGUGGAGCAAGAGAUUUCUCUAAGGACCGAAGCUGGCCUUUAUUAUUCCUACUUCAAAAUGGCCACUCAGCCAGAAAUGUCACUCAGAAACACAUUCGUUGCUCUACUCCAUGACACAAGCACCGAAUAUCCACGUGAAAUCAACGUGCUGCAGCGCUUCAAUGUGUACCAGGAGCUCAUUCUCGCAACUGUAUAUCAAAUUCUUGCUUCUUACGAUUGGAUUCGAUUCUUCCUUCCGAAACCAAUCUUGUUUUACGUGUAUUCUUGUUUCGCUUGUGCGGGUUUCGGCAUCACAACACUUUUCCUACUUUCUUGGAUGCUAAACGGCAGCUGGAUCUAUGGCCUUCUCGUAUUUGCAUGGAUGACAGCGAAUCUGGACGAUUCUACUCGAGCAUUUUUUACUGUAAAUUUGCGCGAAAAUUUUGCGCUGCCUUUUUUCUGGCUGCAAAACAUGUGCACCGUUGCUGUAUUGAGGAGCAGCAGUGUUGCACUGAAGAAGUACUAUCUUAUUUAUUUCUUUUCCACCUUCUUUUUCUCGCUCUUCUGGCAGUUCAAUCAGUCAAUUGGUCUUGUUGCAACCAGUAUGAUUAUGCCACAGUUUGCUUCAGCAGUCAUUCCACUGUUACUGCUUCAGUCUCUUGCGUUCUUCCUAGUUGUACUUGCGCAGUUUGCUCAACCAAUGGCUGCUGCUUCUGUCUGCUCCGUGUUUAAUUUUUCCGCUAUUGCUGUUUUGUCAUUGACAAGAAAAACAAAGAAGAACGCAUUAGUUGCAGUGUUAUGCAGAUUUCUUUUUAUCUUUGCUGUGACAGCGUUCGCAAGUUGGGCGAUCCGUUACGUGAUAAAUGUUGAAGCCGAUAGUCACAUAUGGACAUUUGUGAAAGCAAAAAUUGGCUUACUUCCAAAGUGA